AUGGGAGAGCGAGAGCCAGAGGACGAGGGAGAGCCAGAGGCCGAGGGAGAGCCAGAGGCUGAGGGAGAGCCAGAGGACGAGGGAGAGCCAGAGGCCGAGGACGAGGGAGAGCGAGAGGAUGAGGGAGAGCGAGAGGACGAGGGAGAGCGAGAGGACGAGGGAGAGCGAGAGGACGAGGGAGAGCGAGAGGACGAGGGAGAGCCAGAGGACGAGGGUGAGCCAGAGGACGAGGGUGAGCCAGAGGCCGAGGGUGAGCCAGAGGCCGAGGGAGAGCGAGAGCCAGAGGCCGAGGGAGAGCGAGAGCCAGAGGCCGAGGGAGAGCGAGAGAUAGAGGAGGCCGAGGGAGAGCGAGAGCCAGAGGCCGAGGGAGAGCGAGAGCCAGAGGCCGAGGGAGAGCGAGAGCCAGAGGCCGAGGGAGAGCGAGAGCCAGAGGCCGAGGGAGAGCGAGAGCCAGAGGCCGAGGGAGAGCGAGAGCCAGAGGCCGAGGGAGAGCGAGAGGCCGAGGGAGAGCGAGAGCCAGAGGCCGAGGGAGAGCGAGAGCCAGAGGCCGAGGGAGAGCGAGAGCCAGAGGCCGAGGGAGAGCGAGAGCCAGAGGCCGAGGGAGAGCGAGAGCCAGAGGCCGAGGGAGAGCGAGAGCCAGAGGCCGAGGGAGAGCGAGAGCCAGAGGCCGAGGGAGAGCCAGAGCCAGAGGCCGAGGGAGAGCCAGAGCCAGAGGCCGAGGGAGAGCGAGAGCCAGAGGCCGAGGGCGAGGGAGAGCGAGAGCCAGAGGCCGAGGGAGAGCGAGAGCCAGAGGCCGAGGGAGAGCGAGAGCCAGAGGCCGAGGGAGAGCGAGAGCCAGAGGGCGAGGGAGAGCGAGAGCCAGAGGCCGAGGGAGAGCGAGAGCCAGAGGCCGAGGGAGAGCGAGAGCCAGAGGCCGAGGGAGAGCGAGAGCCAGAGGCCGAGGGAGAGCGAGAGCCAGAGGCCGAGGGAGAGCGAGAGCCAGAGGCCGAGGGAGAGCGAGAGCCAGAGGCCGAGGGAGAGCGAGAGCCAGAGGCCGAGGGAGAGCGAGAGCCAGAGGCCGAGGGAGAGCGAGAGCCAGAGGCCGAGGGAGAGCGAGAGCCAGAGGCCGAGGGAGAGCGAGAUCCAGAGGCCGAGGGAGAACGAGAUCCAGAGGCCGAG